AUCUGUGUUACCCACCCCUUGUCGACAUUGUUUUUCCAAGCUCGAUCGACGCCGUUCAGCAAGGACCCAUUCGAUUCUGGAGAGUUACGUAUGGAAUGCCAUUGAGGACAAGUUACGCUUAUACUUUGGUUGAGAAAUUCACAGGGUUUAGAUAUGUUCUUCAGGGUUUGCCUUGGGAAGAAGGCUUAAGCAGUUAUGUGAUGAAGACCGAGCAAGGUAUUCCUGUUUGUAUUUGUUUAUUCUUGGGAAUUUCGUUGAUAUUCUACCCUAUAUUCGGUGCUUGCCUUGAUGGCUCUUCACAUUCUAGUAAGGUUGGAAGAUAUAUUAUGGAAUCUUAUUAUGAAAAAUAUGAAAGCUUCGUUGAUUCACUUCUUGAUGAUUUCCUGACUCGAGAGCUUCCUGUCAACAAAUGUGAUGUUCUACCACGUGAUCUAAAUACUGUGUUAAGUCUCUCGGUUCUGUGGAAGAUUAAGGGUGAAGGUUCUCAUCGUCAACUUUCAUCUAUGGUCAAGUUCAACAUCGUAAAAUCUAUAUCUCAAGUUCCCACGCAUCAUUGUAAGAUUAUUAUCAUUGAACAGCUGCCCUCGGGAGUUUUUACUGACCCUUUUGAAUUGGAACAUCUUCUACAUUGUGCUGUAUUUAGUGAUGUAACUGUUUUUGGAGAUACAAAUUUGGAAUUGCCUUCUGUCCUCUCCAACCGCUCUGUUGUUGAGGUUCACAAGGAUGUUGGUCCCAAUAUCUUAUCACACAACAAUAAUUUGCUUCAUUUUGCCAUUGAUCUGCCUCUGCAUUCAAGAUAUCCACCAUUGGAUGAAAGCGGUUAUGUGCAAGUUAGAUUGAAGGCACCAGACUUGUUUUUGCAGUGUAGCAUCCAGGAAAGAUCACAUAAUCGGAGCUGUUUAUUUAAGUUUCAGACCGAUGGCACCGAGGCUGACCUUACAUGGUCGAUACCUGCAGGUAAACGAUCGGAUUCCAGAGUUAUAAGUGUUGUGACCUUUAUUUCUGCUUUGUUAUCAGUACUAUCAAUUAUAAUUUCUACACAAGUAAGGCUGCGGGAAGGUUUGAAGCAAUGUUAAUUGGUUCAACAUUCUCUUCACUUCAUUAAUAAGUUUCAAGUUUUGGCUCAA